AUGUGGUCUAAUCCAAAAAUCAUUCAACCCCCCUCGACUCCGGUGUUUGCACCAAUUCAGCCUCCUCUUCCGAAAAAUCAAAGCCUGCCCACUUCUUCUGCGUCUCCUCUCAAACAUUGUACUAAAUUAUCCCGUAGAGAUUUCUCAAUUUUCACCACUUCGUCCUUGCUUUUACUCGUAGGCUCUCAUACUCUUGAGCCAUUGCACCUAUCCAAUGCAAGAGCAGAAAAAGUUGGUGCAGAAGAGAAUUUCGACUGUGCAAAUCAAACUCCGACAAAGCAGGCAUUUCUUGAUGUAGCAAUUAAUGGAGAGGCUGUUGGUCGAAUAAUCAUUGGGCUAUAUGGUGAUACUGUCCCCUUUGGAGCGACAAGAUUCAGCGAACUCGUUAGUGGGACAGCAGGUGUUAGUUAUAGGAGAAAAGAAUUCGUUAAAAUCAUGCCAAACUAUGUGCAACACGGUGGACUAAGAUCGUAUGGCGUUGAUGCUGAGCUUGCAAGGAAAACAGGGAGUAAUGUGGCCGUUGAUGCUCUCCUGAAUGAAUGGGAGAAACAGAAUGACAAUUGUUCAGGAACUAAGAAUGUGGCAACGAGUGUAGGUAUUAUUGUUAGGGACCCCUCAAAACCACCUCCAAAAAUCAAGUUGGUUGCACGGAAAGGGAAGCUGGAAAUUGACGAAGAAGAAGUAGGAAUGGAUCCAAAUGGGACAGAAUUUCUCAUUGCCACUAAAGACUCUCCGGAGUUGGAUGCCUCGACUUUGGUUGUGGGAAGAGUCCUUGAGGGAAUGGAUGUUGUAAAGAAAAUAAGCGAAGUGAAGACUGUGCAAGAGAACACGGGUUCUCCUUAUUUCAGGGUAGCAAAGAUAAUAGGAGAUAAAAGAGCAGUGGUAGCAGAGCGAGGCUUCAAUCGGCCUUAUUUAAAGUUCGGUGUCAUGAUUAAUGCCUUGGCUUCCACCAGCAACCUUUCUUUUCUGCAUUCGGAAAUUUCUCCUUUCUUGAACUCGAGCUUUCGUGGGGAGCAAUCCUUGUUUCCAUUUGUCGUCCUCCUACUGUAUUCUGACCUCGAAUCUGUUUUCUCGUUAUCACUUUGGCUUUCGUCAUCAACUUCAAUGUCUUCUCGGGAAUCUCACUUUUUGUUUGAAUAUCCUGUCGUCUCAAGCCGUAUUUGCAGAAAUCGUGGCAAGAACCUGUUGAAGCUCUGGGGCUUAGUAUUAACUGGCGACUGGCGUCAUGGAAUAUCAACUGCAGCCUCAUUGUCCAUUGAGAAAGGAAAUCACAACCACUGGCUAUGUCAAACGAAGCUAUUGAUGUGA